UAAACUCCUCUUGUUCACUUCUAACAACUUACUAGGCAAUAUGGGCUGCCUAAGUCUUAAAUUUUUGAAUUGUAAGAUGAAAUGGACUUGCUUUCAUCUCAUGGCAUGUGUGGUAAUAUGGGCUCAGCAAACGGAUGCUUUUUUGUAUCGAGUCUCGAAUAGACUGAGCAAGGAAAGUGUUUGUUACACAAACAAUAGUGAAUCUGCUGUCGUUUUGGUGCCAUCUUUGAACGAUUUGCAAGAGGAGCAUGCAAAACCAGAUUGGAAAAGUAUCAGACAAACGUCUCAGCUACUGAAGGAUUUCAAUUGUGAUUUGUCGAAGAGCCCCAUUUGUAAAACUUGGAGUUACAAUAAUGAUUUUGAAGUUGUUAGCAAUUUGAAAAAUGGCCAAGAUCAAUUUGAACCAAUAACAGACAUCAGGUGGAAGGAUUUACCUGUGGCUCUUACACACGGACAAUUUGACUUUACAAGGCUAAGCAGAUUACCUGGAAAUAAUGGAAUAUUCCAAUUAUCGAUCCUUGCAAACUCUAGCGCGUCGAUACUGAUUACUCAAGAUGAUUCUUUGAAAAGUGGGUACAGAAUCUCUUUUGAUGGAUGGAACAAUAGUUUAGAGUCCAGGAUUGCGUAUUGCAAUGAAAUUUUAUCAUCUGAAACUCCAAAUUGUGAAACUAUCGUUCACUAUAAGAGUAUUUCUCAACCGAUUUUGGAUAGAGGAAGGCAGUGGGUCCUGAUAAAACUAAAAUACACAAUGGCAAGGGACUCUGCCAAAAUCUAUGUUUCUUUACCCAGCAGCAAUACAUUACUUACUUCACCAAGCACAAACUCCAGAGUACCAAUUAAAAGUGGUCAUUGGAAUGUUGCUGUGACAUCAUUCGACAGCAUAAGAGGCCUCUUUAGAAUACAUGAAUACAAAUAUUUGCAACCGAUUCGCGAUAAAGGGAGCAUGUCUGUUUCCCUCCAGGUUUCAAAAUUGCAAGAGAUGUUAUGCUUUGAUGUGAUUUACAUCUCAAACGAAGUAAUCAGUGUGAGGUUGGUGAAAGAGAAAGUCAAUCUCAAGAACUUCACAAUACCAAGUAGCGAAGGCAGAAAAAAAUGGUCAACACACAGGAUGAGCUACCAAAUUGAUUGGACAGGCAAUUUGACGAUUAUUAUAGAGACGACGACUGCUAGUACAUAUAUUGGAGGAGUUUUCUUUUGUGACGAAGGCCCUGUAAUAUCAUCAAAAGGAAAAUCAGAAAUAUGUCAAGAUCUAAGUCUUUCUAAUAUUUCAACAGCAAAAAAUAAUUCAAAUAUUAUGAAAUUUCCCGAUCAACUUGGAGCGUCAGAGUUAUUAAGUUUAUGCAGUAAUGUUGGUGAAGAAGUCUGCCAAAAUGUUGACAUUUGCGACUCCAAGGGUUGUAUUUGCAUGUUUGGGUUAAUACAACAAAAUUCUGAUAUUUGCAAGAGCAAUUGCAGAGGAUAUUAUUGUCAAUGCCAAGAUCUUAUCAAAGUAGUUUCCAAAGCACACAGCGCUCAACUAAACUUCUCAUCAAGAUGUAAUGACGCAUUUGGGGGAAUAGAUCUCAUCGUUAAAUAUGGAAAGAUGUAUGACUAUGCUAACUGGAUAAGCGUUAAUUUAUCAAGAGCAAGGCCUGUAAUUGAAAUAGACAAAUUGGAGCCAAAAGCAGAAUAUGUCUAUGAAAUGAAAAUACACAAAGAUAGAAUUCUGUAUAAAAGAUUCAACAGCCUGCUGGGCUUUGGCAGUUUCAUUACGCAAAAAUGCAAAUCCAUAAACGGUUCAAAUGUGAACAUAUGGGUGAGUUGGUCAACCAUAAAUGUGACAGCAUCAGAAGACUCAGAAUUGUGUCACCUGGAUGCUUUAGAAAUACAAUUUCCUAACGGCACAAAGCACGUGAUAAGUCUUGAUGGUAAAAAGGUAAUAAGUGAGGAUUUUAAAUUUGAAGCCGAUAUGAGCUACAUCAUCUCAGUUGUCGAUUCUGAAGGACAAACUGUCACAAAAUUACAGUCUUUCAAAAUAAGUUCUGAUACUUCUCAUAUAUUCAUUACGUACUUCAUCAAUGCGAGUGGCGCUCUAUGUGUAUUUUGCGUUUUGGCUCUGUCAUUUUUUGCCUUCAAAAAAUACAAGAAUCGUAAUGAAGGUACUGCCAACAACCUUCUUGAGAUGACGCAAAGUCCUAAAGUGGAAAUAAAUGAGCCCGUCGCCUUAAGCAAAAUCAUCAAAGUAUCCGACUUCGAGGAAUAUGUGGAAAAAGCAACAAAAACAGAUUUACUGAAAAGGCAACACGAGCUCGCUCCACGUGGCCAAACGUUGCCCUGGUUGGUCGGAAAUGACCCAACAAACAAGAAAAAGAACAGAUAUAACAAUCUGAUGGCAUAUGACGCAACAAGGGUUGUGUUGGAGCAAUUUCAAGGUGGAUCUUCAGACUACAUAAACGCCAGUUACAUUGACGGGUACAAGAAGCCACGCGCAUACAUCGCAACUCAAGCCCCAAAAAAGCAGACCGUUGUGGACUUUUGGCAGAUGAUUUGGCAGGAAAACGUGCCCGUAAUUGUCAUGCUAACGAAUCUCAUUGAAAGCAACAAGGUGAAAUGUGAAAAGUAUUGGCCAGAUUUGCAAAAAAGUAUUAUCCAUGGCUCACUGGAAAUUCAAAACGACAUUGAAGAGAUUUUCAGCGAUUUCAUCGUUCGUACUCUCAACGUAUCCCAAGGUUCCGCCUCAAGAACGGUUGUGCAGAUGCAUUACACAGGGUGGCCCGAAGAAGGUGUACCAUUCUAUCCGCAAUCUGUAGCAACUUUUGCAGCAAAAAUCGCAAACAUCACAAAUGGCCUGCCAAUUGUAGUUCAUUGCUGUUCUGGAAUUAGUAGAACCGGCGUAAUUGUUUUGGUUGAUGUGUGUAUUCGAAUGGCAAGAGCGGAAGGUUCUUUGGAUAUUGCGAAGACCUUUGGUGAAAUGCGAAGCCAAAGAGUGAAUUUUUUAGACAAACAGUGUCAAUACGAAUUUGCGCAUCUGGUCCUCUUGGAAGCCCUAGUAAUGCCACACUUUUCUAUUGCCUGUGAAAAUUUUCAGACGGAACUCAAGGACUUGUUUAGCCAGAAUUACACACGCCUGUCAAAACAGUACAACACACUUAACGAAAUCUGCGAAAGAGAAUGGAAGAGGUCGAAGCGGAUUGGCUUGGAAAAUGACAUGAACGAUUACCAGGAUGUAGUCAGCACGCCUGCUCAAUUAGUGCAAAUUUAUCAACAAGAAAUGAACACACGAGCGACGGUCACUAGUGCAGUAUACGUUGAUGGAUUCAAGAAAAACAAGCAGUUUAUCGCGACGAAAAUGCCCAAAGCCGAGGAUGUAGAAAUUUUCUGGAAAAUGGUGCAACAACACAAAUCUGAGCAGAUAUUUAUUUUGAAUAAUUUGCUGAAGGAACAGGAAUCUUUCCUAACCCAUUCACGCCAAAAAUUUGAAGGUUUCUCAGUGGUCUUCAACACUCAAUUUAAGCUACAGAAUUGCGCGAUAAAAAAAUAUACAAUUGAAUCGGGGGCUCAAAAUUCGUUCAUGGUGAAUGUCCUGUGUUUCAAUAAAUGGGCCCCGACUCAAAUUCAAGGACCAAAACCUAGCGAAUUGAUUGAACUUUGGGAAGAAACUGAGUUGGCACGUCGAAACUCUAUCAGUAUUGUAGUUUGCAAUGAUGGAAUUACUGCUUGUGGACUCUUCAUCAGCGCAGGAUUUGUUGUUGAAAAGAUAAAAAUGGAGCAUGAAGUGGACGUUGCAUUGGCCGUGCGUAUUCUAAGAAAAUCCAGACCAAAGUUUAUAGCUUCGCUGAAACAAUAUGAAGCACUGCAUCUGGCUGCACAGGCGUAUCUUCAAAAUUUUGAUAAUUAUGGCAAUUUUGAUGGAAAUUUUGAGCCGAAUUGAAGUCUUGAUAACAACAGGAAUAUUAUAAUAAAAUAUUCAUAAAUUAUUAAAUGACAUUUAAUUAUGCUAGAUUUAAAUUAAUAAAAAUUAUGAAAAUGGAAAGAAGAAAACAAGGCAGCAAAAACUAGUUACAACAUAAUUUAUUAGUAAGAGAAUUUAUUCAGGUUUAAUGAUUUAAGUUCUAUUUUAUUUCAUUUUGAAAAUUUGUA